AUGACUGCCCAAGCUUAUCUCGAGCGAUAUAAACAGUUGACUUCAAUAGAAGACAUAAAAAAUAAUCUGAUUGAGGAACUGCUGCAACGUGUGACGGAGCUUGAGGAUGCAUAUCAACAAGAGCGGCUGGAUCAUGAGCGCGAGACGCGCUUUAAUCGGGACAUUCAGCUCCAUGAAAUGGAGUUAAUGGAUCAGAUAUCAAGAAUUAAAACUAUUAUGGACCGGGAACCCUUCAUAGUCGUGCUUCUCGAUGGUGGUGGAAUCAUCUUUAAGGACGAAUAUUUGCAACAAGGAGAACAAGGUGGACAGAAUGCGGCGAAGAAGCUCCAUUCGGCCUUACAGGACUACGUCUCCGGCAAUUUCCCGACUAUCAACUCUCCGAAGGUAAUCACAAAGAUGUAUGUCAAUGUGAAGGGGUUAAGCGACCUCUGCGUCCGUGGCGGCGUCACGACCGAGCCUUCCUUGAUCGAAGAUUUUGUCCGGGGCUUCAAUGCUAGUUAUCCUCUCUUUGAUUUAGUCGAUAUCGGGGCUGGGAAAGAGAGCGCUCAUGAUAAAAUCGGAGAGGCUUUCAGACUAAAUUUAUACAACUGCCAUUGCCACCAGAUAUUCCUGGGCUGCUCGCAGGACAGUGCUUAUGCUCAAAUUUUGGAAGACACACUGGCCGAUGGAGACCUCAUAGGCCGAGUUUCUCUGAUUGAGGGCCUCCCAUUUGCAAGCGACCUGGACUUAAUAAAAGCAUCGUACAGAGUCACUAAGAUCUCGGAUCUUUUCCGAGAUACGAAGAUAUCUGUAUGGGCGCCUUGGAAAGCUGCGGUGGCUAGCAAACCUCGCGCUCUCCUCACUCCGUCGCCCGUCCAGCAUGUAACUCUCUCUCGAACGUCGACCAAUACCACGACAACCAGUAACAGCGUACCCAUAUAUACCUCAUCCACAAAUACACCUAACUCCGAGGAGUUUCAGGUUGUGCGAUCGAAAUCAUCCAUCCCACCACCCCCCAAAAUCGUGGAACGAAACAAGUACGGCCAGCGUGUAGACCGUCUUGACUUUAAGACCAUCCCUCGGGAUGAGGUAAACCGCAUUAAAAAACUGAAAUUGUGCAAUUUUUACUAUUUACAAGGCGAAUGCCUAAUGACAACUGCCAUCACGAUCAUUCGCGGAAAUUGA